AUGUACGCCAACGCAAUCGUCGCCUUCGGCCUGGCCACCCUCGCCAGUGCCCACAUGAAGAUGAGCUCGCCCGUCCCCUACGACGCCGCCAACCUCAACAACAGCCCUCUCGAAGCCAACGGCGCUGAUUUCCCUUGCAAGGCCAGCAGCUACAAUGCCGCAGGCGCUUCCAACGUCUACGCUCAGGGUGCUAAGGGCGACCUGGCUUUCAUCGGCUCUGCUGUCCACGGCGGUGGAUCUUGCCAGGUUUCUAUCACCUACGAUGCUAAGCCCGACAAGAACAGCGUCUGGAAGGUCAUCAAGUCUAUCGAGGGUGGCUGCCCUGCCAAGAACGUUGAUGGCAACAUCGGUGACAACGCGAAUCAGGUGAACAAGGAUACAUACGACUUCACCAUCCCCGAUGACAUGCCCGCUGGUAACGGUACUAUCGCAUGGACUUGGUUCAACAGAAUUGGCAACCGCGAGAUGUACAUGAACUGCGGACCCGUCACCAUCACUGGAUCGGCUGGCUCCCAGGAGGCUUACCAAGCUCUUCCGGAUAUGUUCACUGCCAACAUCGGUAACUGCCAAACUGUCGAGGGCACCGAUGUCCAGUUCCCCAACCCCGGCACCUCAGUCGACAAGUUUGGCGAUGCCAACAACCUCAAGGCGCCUCCUUCUGCAUGCGGCGGUGGCUCCGGCGGUGGCUCUACCGGCUCUCCCGCUCCCAGCUCUACCGCUGGUAACGGAGGUGCCGCACCCACUGCCGCUCCCACCUCUGCGCCGGCUUCUUCUAAGCCGUCUGCAUCUAAGCCCACUGGCAACGCUUCCCUUCCUGGCGGUGUCUUCAUCACUGUUCCCGCCAACGGUGGAGCUUCCGCUUCCCCCACUGCCUCUGCCUCUGCCUCUGCUACAAAGGCGCCUGCAGUCACUCCCAGUGCUGCCCCUUCCGCCGCUCCCUCAGCCGCUCCUUCGUCUGGUACUGGCAGCGGAAACGGCACUACCGCCGGUGCCCAGACUGUCGGCGCCGCCUGCACUGAUGAGGGUGCCUGGAACUGUGUCGGAGGCAGCUCCUUCCAGCGUUGCGCCAGCGGCACCUGGUCAUCUGUCCAGGCCUUGGCCGGCGGUACCUCUUGCACUGCUGGUAUCAGCUCUGAGCUCAGCAUGGUUGUGACCCGAAAUGGUCGCAAGCGCGCUCUGCGCCAGCGCAGCCUGCGCUUCCGUUCCGCCUAA